AUGAAAAUCAAGCGACAGAAACAAGCCAAGAAAACGUUAUCAUUUUACAAAUAUAAUUUCAAUUUUCGGGAACCUCAUCAAAUUCUCAUUGACGGAACUUUUUGUCAAGCGGCGUUGAAGAACAAGAUUCAAAUCAAGGAGCAAAUGCCCAAAUAUCUAAUGGGGGAAGUACAGCUUUGCACCACUAACUGCGCUUUGAAAGAACUGGAAACUCUGGGGAAAGAGCUUUAUGGUGCUAAACUCAUUCUACAAAGGUAUCAAGUGAGGAAAUGUCAGCAUUUCAAGAACCCAGUUCCUGCCUCUGAGUGUCUGCUUUCAAUGCUGGAGGACAAAAACCCACAUCACUACUUUGUUGCCACACAGGACUUUACGUUGACAACAGGACUGAAAAAAAUCCCCGGAGUGCCCCUGCUUUACAUCGUCCUCAACACGAUAGUGCUGGACAAACCAAGCCAGCCGUCGCUCGACCACGUCCAGGCCGUCCAGCUGGGCCAACUGGUGAGCCCGGCGCAGCAGCAGAGCCUUCACAGCCUGAAAGAGGAGCAGGGCAUUUCUCAGAAGGACGGCGAGAGACGUGGGAAGAAGAGAAAGAGGAAACAGCACAACCCAAACCCUCUGAGCUGUCUCAAAAAGAAGAAGAAAAGCGGGCCGACACCGCCGCGUAAAAUUAGCCAGGAAGGGAAGAAGAGGACUCGGAGCAGACACAAGAAACGUAGGACACAAGGAGAACAUGAUGGAUCUGCGGCUUUGAUUCAAAACCCAUAA